AUGGCAAAGAGAUAUUACAAACUUAGCAUUUCAAAGAAGUCGACUGCACAUAGACAAAGUUUGUGGAUUAGAUUUAACGAUCCAUCUCAAUCCCGAGAUGAAAUCAUAAGUAAUGUUCCAGUUGGUGUAGAUCCAACUCAAUGGGCUCAUUUUUUUAAUUAUUGCUUGAAACCGGAAACAAUGGAGCGUUGUCGCAAAAAUAGAGAAAAUCGUAGCAAGCAAGUGAUUCCUCAUACCGGUGGUUCUAAACCUCUUCCGAGAAAAAGACAUGAGAUGUUUUUGGAAACCGGACAACAACCUAGUCGUGGAAAAUUAUACAUUGUAACCCAUAAAAAAAAAGAUGGGUCGUUUGUAAAUGAUGCGGCAAAGAAUAUUGUGCCAAGUGAUGUUGUAAGUGAGCCUAAUUCGCUGUUGAUUGCAACAGGAGCUUGUGGUGGAAAAUGGCAUCUUCUGAAACACCAUCAUCACAACCACCGUGCCUCUUCAGCUCAAAGUUUAGUUCAAACUAAUAUUAGAGGAAAAACUUAUAUAGCUUGGGCACAUUGUACUAAAAGUCCGGAUGGAAAAUCUCUUGUUUGCAUAUAUUGUCACAAAGCUUUUGGUGGAGGUGAAAUUCACAGGGUAAAACAACACUUGGUUGGAAUAGUAGGAAAUGUUGAAAUUUGUAAUUCAGUGCCUGCAGAAGUUCGUUUUCAGAUGAAACAACAUUUCAAUCGGAGCAAGAAAAGAAAAACUUCAGAUGUGGCUGAAAGCGAGUCAUUUACUACGGAUGAGGGUGAAUUGCAAGUACAAACAAACCCACGAGUUGGUGCAUCUAAAAAGAAUGACGCUCGCAUUGGUACUUAUUUUUUACCCAGAACAACUCCGGGAGCUCAGCCUACUUUAAAAAGUGUGAUGCAAAGUAAAGAAGUGGUAGAAAAAUGUGAUCUUGCUAUUGCCAAGUGGUUUAUUGAUGCAUAUAUUCCUUUCAAUGCUGCAAAUUCUCCGUAUUUUCAACCUGCAGUUGAUGCUCUUUGUUGCAUGGGUGCUGGAUAUAAAGUUCCUACCAUGCAUGCUCUUCGUGGUAAUUUGUUAAAUAAGUGGGUUGAUGACGUGAAGAUACAAAUAGAGCAAUAUUGUUCUAUCUGGAAGGAUACAGGUUGUACUCUUAUAGUAGAUGGGUGGAUUGAUCGUUGUAGGAGAACUCUUAUCAACUUUUUAGUUUAUUGCCCCAAAGGGACUGUUUUCAUAAAGUCAGUUGAUGCCUCUGGUGCUUCUAAAACUGCAGACACAUUGUUUAAGCUUUUCAAGGAAAUAGUGUUGUAUGUUGGCCAGGAAAAUGUUGUUCAAAUAGUUACAGAUAAUGCUGCGAAUUAUGUUGCUGCUGGAAAGUUGUUGGAAAGGGAGUUUCCUAAGUUGUUUUGGUCUCCUUGUGCAGUACACUGUGGAAGAGAAAUACUUCGUCCCGCUCCAACCCACUUUGCUACUAAUUUCAUUGCAUUGCAAAGUAUUCUGUCUCAUAAAGAUGCACUAAGAGCCAUGGUAACAUCCAAAGAGUGGACAACCACAACUUAUUCCAAAUAUGUCAAGGCAAAGCAAUUUGUGGAACAAGUCUUAGACUCAAGCUUUUGGUCUAAAUGUGCUGACAUAGUGAAAAUUACAGAACCUCUUGUACGUGUGUUGCGCAUUGUUGAUAGUGAAGAUAAACUGGCUAUGAGAUAUCUCUACCGAGCUAUGUAUAAAGCAAGAGAGGAGAUUGAAAAGAGGUUUAGAAGAAAUAAGUUGAAAGUAGAGCCUUAUUUGAAGAUCUUGGAUAACCGUUGGGAUGCACAACUUCGCAAAAAUCUCCAUGCGGCUGGUUAUUGGUUAAAUCCAUCUUGUAGAUUCAAUCCAAAAUAUGAAAAAAAAAACAAGUCCACCACUCAAGGCCUUUUGGAUGUCAUUGAAAAGUAUGUUUAUGAUAGCAAGGACUUCCGAUCUAAAUUAACUGCUGAGAUGACGUCAUUCAAAAAUUGUGAAGAUCAAUGGUGGGAUACGUAUGGAACCGAAGCGCCUAAUUUGCAAAAAUUGGCUAUUCGAAUUUUGAGUCAAACUUGUAGUGCAUCUUGUUGUGAGCGAAAUUGGAGUGUGUUUGAACAUAUUCAUUCAAAAAAGAGAAAUAGGCUGAAGCAUCAAAAGCUUAAUGAUCUUGUUUAUGUCCGUUACAACCUACGGCUACAAAAUAGGACCAAGAAGAAACAAAAUUAUGACCCUAUCAAUUUUGAAACACUUGAUGAUCAUUCUAAUUGGGUGUUGGAGGAUUCACCACCAUUCUUGACCGUUGAGGAGGUGGAAGCACUACGCAAGGAUCUUGCUAGUAUGACAAUUCAACCUAUUUCAAAUGAUAUUGAUGAAUUAAAUUUGGAUGAGGUUGAUGUUGAGGGAGAUGCACCACUUAACUCCGGAGAAAACAACCAAAGUAAUGAUAUCAUUGAUGGGAAGAUGUUGCAAAUGCGAUUGAUUUUGCGGGAGAUGAUUUUGAUAUUGAAGGAGAUCCAAACAUUGAGAUAA